AGCGCCAAGGUCACGAUGGCGGCGCAGCCCCCCCACACCAACAUGGCGGCGCGCUGCCCGCCAGCACCAUGGCGACUUGCGCAAGCGCAACGCCCGCAGGCUAAUAGCGAGGGCUCUGCCCGUACCCAACAUGGCGGCGCCCACAGCGUCUGCCCUUCCCCUCCAUGGCGCCCCCCGCGCAUGCGCAGCGCCAAGGGCACGAUGGCGGCGCUGCGGGCGCUGUGGCGGCUCCGCGGCCCCUCGGGGCUGAGCGCGGCGGGGGCUCGGCUGGGCCCGGCCCCGGCCCGCCCCGCCCGCCCGCCGCCAUCUUGGAGCGGAGGGCGCGGCGUGAUGACGUCACAGGGCGGGGGCGCGGCGGGGUCACGCUCCGGGCGGGCGGGGGCGGCCGGGGAGAACCGGGGGGGUCCCGAGGGGGCUCCGGUGGCGCUCGGUGACCCCGGGGCGGGGCGCGGGGCUCGCAACGACCCGGGAGAGCCCGAGAAGAAUUUUUUUCGCUUCUUCGGUGACGUCACGAAGACGCCGCGCUGUGAUUGGGCGCGGGUUUGGUGGGGGCGUGUCCGCGCCACGUGUGUGUCCUUUUCCAGCGGCGGCGUUUGUACGCAUGCGCACCCUUUCUGCCCACACCCGUCAUGGCGGCGCUCACAGCUGCCCUUGCCCUUCCCAGCCACGGCGUUCCCGCUCCGAACACACGAUGGCGGCGCACCUGCCCACACCCACCAAAGAGCCGCUCGCUGCGCCUGCCCUUCCCGCCCACGGCGCCCUCCGCCCCUGCGCAGCGCCAAGGUCACGAUGGCGGCGCAGCCCCCCCACACCAACAUGGCGGCGCGCUGCCCGCCAGCACCAUGGCGACUUGCGCAAGCGCAACGCCCGCAGGCUAAUAGCGAGGGCUCUGCCCGUACCCAACAUGGCGGCGCCCACAGCGUCUGCCCUUCCCCUCCAUGGCGCCCCCCGCGCAUGCGCAGCGCCAAGGGCACGAUGGCGGCGCUGCGGGCGCUGUGGCGGCUCCGCGGCCCCUCGGGGCUGAGCGCGGCGGGGGCUCGGCUGGGCCCGGCCCCGGCCCGGUCCCGCCAGUGGCAGCCCGACAUGGAGUGGGCGCAGCAGUACGCCGGGGCCAUCAUGUACCCGAGCAAGGCCACCGAGAAGUGGGUGCCGCCACCCUGGAACGACAAGGACCCCGUGGCCCACAAGAAGGUUUCCAGCCUGACCAUCAACUUCGGGCCGCAGCACCCGGCGGCGCACGGGGUCCUGCGGCUGGUGCUGGAGCUGAGCGGGGAGACGGUGAAGCGCUGCGACCCCCACGUGGGGCUGCUGCACCGCGGCACCGAGAAACUCAUCGAGUACAAGACCUACCUGCAGGCCCUGCCCUACUUUGACCGCCUGGACUACGUGUCCAUGAUGUGCAACGAGCAGGCCUACGCCCUGGCCGUGGAGAAGCUCCUCAACAUCCGGCCCCCUCCCCGGGCUCAGUGGAUCCGAGUUCUCUUCGCCGAGAUCACGCGGCUGCUGAACCACAUCAUGGCGGUGACCACGCACGCGCUGGACAUCGGCGCCAUGACCCCGCUGUUCUGGAUGUUUGAGGAGAGGGAGAAGAUGUUCGAGUUCUACGAGCGCGUGUCGGGGGCGCGGAUGCACGCGGCCUACGUGCGGCCCGGGGGCGUGCACCAGGACCUGCCCCUGGGGCUCAUGGAUGACAUCUACGAGUUCGUGAAGAACUAUUCCAUCCGCAUCGACGAGGUGGAGGAGAUGCUGACCAACAACCGCAUCUGGAAGAACCGCACCGUGGACAUCGGCGUCAUCACGGCCGAGGAGGCCCUCAACUACGGCUUCAGCGGGGUGAUGCUGCGGGGCUCCGGGAUCAAGUGGGACCUGCGCAAGACGCAGCCCUACGACGUCUACGACCAGGUGGAGUUCGACGUGCCCAUCGGCUCCCACGGCGACUGCUACGACAGGUACGGCCUCACCUGCCGCCCCCCGUCCCCCCCGGGGCUGCUGCGGAUCAUCCUGCAGUGCCUCAACAAGAUGCCGCCCGGCGAGAUCAAGGUGGACGACGCCAAGGUGUCACCCCCCAAACGCGCCGAGAUGAAGACGUCCAUGGAGUCCCUGAUCCAUCACUUCAAGCUCUACACCGAGGGCUACCAGGUGCCACCCGGGGCCACCUACACGGCCGUCGAGGCCCCUAAGGGGGAGUUUGGGGUGUACCUGGUGUCCGAUGGCAGCAGCCGUCCCUAUCGCUGCAAGAUCAAAGCGCCCGGCUUCGCCCACCUGGCCGGGCUGGACAGGAUGGCCCAGGGCCACAUGCUGGCAGACGUGGUGGCCAUCAUUGGCACCCAGGACAUCGUGUUUGGGGAAGUGGAUCGAUGAGGGGGGGUCCCCGUUCCCUCUCCGUGUGCUGCUGCAGUUUGGGGGUCCCCCCGCCCCCCAUUUCGGGUCAAAUAAAGCCAAAAUCGGG